GUAACCAGCCCCUCCGGAGAGGGGACAGAUGCCGUAGUCAUCCUGGAAAAGACUCCUUUCCAGGAAGAGAAGGUAUUGGACCUGCUGAAGAAGCACACGAAGCUGGAGCUGCAGAUGCACAAUGACAUUUACAGCACGUACCACCUCUAUCCUCCCCCAGAGCUGAGCGAGAUAAAAACCACAGUGGUGUACCCUGCCACUGAGAAACACCUUCAGAAAUACCUCCGUCAAGAAGUGCACCUCAUCCGUGAAACCUGGGAGGAUUACAAGAAUAUAACGCUGCCCUUCAUCCAGUCCCAGAGCUUCAGCAUCCAGUGGGUGUAUAAUAUCCUGGAGAAGAAAGCUGAGGCCGAUCGAAUCAUCCAUGAAAACCCAGAUCCUUGUGACGGCUUUGUUCUAGUUCCAGACUUUAAGUGGAAUCAAAACCAGCUGGACGACCUCUACCUCAUAGCCCUCGUGCAUCGUCGGGAGGUGAAAUCACUUCGGGACCUCACCGCUGAGCACCUCCCGCUGCUGAGGAACAUCUUGCAAGAAGGGAAGGAGGCUGUAGCAAAGCGUUUUGGUGUGCCUGGAUCCCAGCUGCGAAUCUACCUGCAUUACCAACCCUCCUACUACCACCUCCACGUGCAUUUCACCGCCCUGGGCUACGACGCCCCGGGCAGCUCGGUGGAGAGAGCCCAUCUCCUGACAGACGUGAUUGACAACCUGGCGAUGGACUCCACGUACUAUCAGAAACGGGCUUUGACCUUCGCCCUUCGGGCUGAUGAACUUCUGCUUAAGAAAUUCCAGGAGGCAGGAAGAGUGUGAGCUGGCAGAGGUGCUUUUGUAUCUUUUUAUUUUUAAUAAAUGCCCAUUGUCAGGAUUGUUUUUUUUUUAAAGGUUUUGGUGCUUUUAUUUUUUUUAACU